AUGAAACACUCGCUCUACGAUCGCCUUUGGCGCCGGGAAUGCGGGGAACAGGUGCGGUAUGCUGGGCUGCGGGGAAUUUACGGAUCCAAGGAAUGGGUCAAUGAUCUCGACAUUGUGAAUGAACUCGGUGGACAUACUGGAUGUGUCAAUGCUCUCAGUUGGUCGAGGUCAGGGCGUCUUUUAGCGUCAGGCUCUGAUGAUAAACACCUCAAUAUCUACUCCUACCAACCCGACUCCUCCGAUGCUCCAUUCGCGCUCAACACCACCGUCUUCACCGGCCACAAAGCCAACAUCUUCUCCGUCAAGUUUAUGCCACACUCGAAUGAUGGGACUCUGGUUACAUGUGCCGGCGACUCGCAGGUUCGCGUGUUUGAUAUCGAAUACUCAGCUAGGAGUAGAAAUGAUGCUGCCACCUCCGCAUUUGCAGCCUCCACUCGCGGCCGGCGCUUCAAUGAGUUCUUCAGUGACACGCGGUAUCUGAGUGAUGGCAAUACCAACGCUAGAUUGUAUCGAAGCCAUGUCGAUAGCGUGAAGCGCAUCGUCACCGAAUCUUCACCGUUCCUCUUCCUCACUUGCUCUGAGGAUGGCGACGUCCGCCAGUGGGAUCUGCGGCUACCAUCUAGUGCAUACCCUCCGCCACGGGUUGGCCAGGGCUUGAUGGCAUACCGACAAGGAUUGGAAAAUGAUGACCCAAAUGUUCCACCACCUCUAAUAUCCUACAGGCCGUACCACCUGGACCUCAAUACCAUCUCCUGCUCACCAAGCCAACCGCAUUAUAUUGCCUUGGGUGGUGCGCACCUCCACUGCUUUUUGCAUGACAGACGGAUGCUUGGACAGGACACCUCCGCUGCAAGGGGCAGGGCUACACCAAGCGCUUCCAGUCUUAAUGGUGAUGAGGAGAUGAGCAAGGCGACGCGAUGCGUGCGAAGAUUCGCACCGAGCGGCAAGCACCAUGGGAAACAUGCCGAUAAUGGACACAUAACUGCUUGUAAAAUCAGUGAUGCGAACCCCAAUGAGAUGGUUGUUAGCUGGUCUGGGGAUCACAUCUACAGUUUUGAUUUAAUCCGCAGCCCAGAUGCCCGAGAGGCACAGGUAGGCAAUAAAUCGACUCUCAAGGGCAAGGCCAGAGAGACUCGCCCCAGUCCACGGAGCCGGAAGCGCAAGAAGACCACAACACCUUCGUCACAGGAAAGUGGUGGUCGACAUCAGUCCCAUCGUCGCUCGGCAGAGCCAGAUACUUUUAGGAUCCAAUAUGAGAAUGGUGAAGAAGAAGAUGUUCCAUUCCCCCCAUUUUCGGAUAAUGUCCUAAGCACCGACCCAGAGCGUUUGCUCGAGCAGGCUCGGUAUUCUGUGCUGAAUGAUGCCCAACGAUUGAGCAUGCAGAUCGCAAGAGGGUUAGUAAAACUUCGAAAGGCCCUGUUUUCAGAAACUACAGUUCGGGAAGCCGCAGGGUCUGACGAUGUGGGACCCGAAUCGUACUCGAGAUGUUUUUUAUCCGCCCUAGAAAUUGCAUCCACAUUUCUCCCGCAAAUGAGCGAUGUCAUGCGCGAAUGGAGCUAUCCCAUGAACCCAUCACAGGAGACUGUCAAUUUCCAACAAUCACUUCGUCGCAAUCGCCAGUCGUCAUGGAGAUUUGUUCAAGCUGCUGGCGCACUUGCUCAUGCGCUGACAGACCAAACGCAAGUUCCGGAAGAAUCAAGCUUCCUGAUGAUCAAGCCUGCGCCGGGCGAAGAUGACCCCAUUGACCCAGCAGCUCAGUUUGGCUACGAAUUCCUCCGAGCAAUUCUUCUCUGGCUGCAGGGCGGCAGGCAGCGUCUUUUAGCGGGAUUUCAACGCCGCAAUGCCCCUCGACGAUUACAUAGCCGAUUCCCAAUCCCAGAUGAAUCCGAAGAGGAUGCCAUCGAAACCAUCCUAGUGCCCUACAUUAUGGAAUUGGCGCGUGACACUCCGAUCGUAAAUGUGGAUGCUUCCAGAUUUGAGCAUGACAGUACGCGAAUUCUGUUCCGAACUCAACGAGCUGCCGUGACUGCAUUCGGGAAUGCUGUCAGAUUGCCCUUGGAAGACCUUGGGGACUCAGCUGCUCGGUUCGACAGGCGCCGUGCUUCUAAUCCUGCCUCGCUAAUCCGCUCUCUUGACCGUGCCUCUGCGAAGAGAUUUUGGAUUUUGCGAGUAGGCAGAGGAAUCUUGAUGGAGACCGGCAGUGAGGUAAAUUACGCAUUUGUCAACAAUGCUUUCGGCGGACUUCACACCAUAACGACCGAGUCUGAGAGUGAAUCAGAUGAAGAGAGAGUCCAGGACGAUAUCAAUCCCGAUGUGGAGGAAGAACGAGUCCGACACAUUGAACCCAUCAGGGCUGGUCGUUCCGUCUCCAGGCAGAAUGGUCUUCGACCUGAAAUCUUCCAAGGCGAUGCAAAUUCUUCGGACAAUAGCGACAUUGAUACAGGCGAGGAUGGGAAUGAUGGCAGCCAGGCAGAGGAGUCAACUGACGAUGAAGAUCUUGAUGGCUGGCCCACGGAUUCAUCUUCGGACGACGAUAGCGAUGGGAUUGGUUCCGGUGGCACUAUGGCCCAAAGAUAUGCCAUUCGAAAGGCGCGACGUAAUAUCGAACGUCAUGCUCCGUGUGUACCUCAUAUGCGAAGUUAUCGCGGCCAUUGCAACGUCAAGACCGUCAAAGACAUCAAUUAUUUUGGACUGGAUGAUGAGUACGUGGUCAGCGGCUGUGAUUCUGGUCAUAUAUUCAUAUGGGACCGCAAAACGUCCAAUCUGGUCAACAUCCUCGAAGGUGAUAGUGAAGUGGUCAAUGUUGUUCAAGGUCACCCAUAUGAACCAAUGAUCGCCGCUUCAGGAAUCGAUAACACCAUCAAAAUCUUUUCACCAGACCGGCACGCUCAAGAUGAUGCCCGUAAUGGUGUGAACAUCCUCGACCCCGACAAUCCAUCCAACAGGGUUGGGCAAAACAUCUCUCGGAUCGGUGGUCUCGAGAGCCGGAAGCGAGUUCAUGAAAGCUACCGCAUCAUGAGCCAAAACGAUGUUGAGCGUCGUGGUGGCAUCAGCGACGCACACAUCACUCGGAGUAUGCUCGAGCGCCUAGCUGCUAACCUGACAGGUGAAGGCGGCCCUGGGGUUGGAAUUGAUGAUAUUGCUGGUGAUGGUGAACAUCGGACUGUUGUCAUCGAUGAUAAUUGCUCGGUAAUGUAA